CCGCAGCCCGCAGAGGUGCCGCAGCCCGCACAGCCCGAGGCGCCCUCGCCGACGCCCAUGGAGACGUCGGGGUGCGCGCCCGCCGAGGACGUGCUGUGCCAGGCCUUCUCCGACGUGCUGCUCCACGUGCGCGACGUGGACGGCGAGGACGGCGCCGACCCCAACCUCUGCAGCGACUAUGUGAAGGACAUCUACAGCUACCUGCGGCACCUCGAGGAGAAACAAGCUGUCAGACCCAAGUACCUGGCAGGCCGGGAAAUCACGGGGAAUAUGCGAGCCAUACUGAUAGACUGGCUCGUGCAAGUGCAGAUGAAGUUCAGGCUGCUGCAGGAGACGAUGUACAUGACGGUUGCCAUCAUCGAUCGCUUCUUGCAGGACAACACUGUGUCCAAGAAGACGCUGCAGCUGGUUGGUGUCACAGCUAUGUUCAUUGCCAGCAAGUAUGAAGAAAUGUAUCCCCCCGAAAUUGGGGACUUUGCCUUUGUGACGGACCACACUUACACCAAGUCCCAGAUCCGCCAGAUGGAGAUGAAGAUCCUGCAAGCCCUGGACUUCGGUCUGGGUCGCCCCCUGCCCCUCCACUUCCUGAGGAGGGCUUCAAAGAUCGCAGAGGUGGACUUGGAACAGCACACACUGGCCAAGUACCUGAUGGAGUUGUCCAUGGUGGACUAUGAAAUGGUUCAUUUCCCUCCUUCUAAAACUGCGGCUGCUGCUUCCUGUUUGGCUCUGAAAGUUCUUGAUGGAGGCGAGUGGACACCAACUCUACAACACUACAUGACCUACACUGAGAGCGAUCUUCUUCCAGUCAUGCAACACAUGGCAAAGAACAUAAUCCUAGUGAAUCGGGGCCUCACCAAGCACAUGACAAUCAAGAACAAAUACGCCAGCAGCAAAAAUGCCAAGAUAAGCACUAUUGCACAACUCAACUCUGCUGUCAUACAGAAUCUCGCCAAGCCUCUGGCCAAAGCAUCGUAACUCCUACACCACCUUGGGCAGGAUGUUGGCACCAUGUGCCACUGUGUACAUAGUGUAUCUUAUUUGUGUGUUUAAAGCUUUUAAUAAAGCAUCUUGUUGCCUUUUA